GGUGCGGGGUCGUGUGCGCGUGUUUUGGGCAAAGCUAGCUAGCUAGCCAUGAGCAAGAGGGACAGGGCGGUGUGGGAGGUAGAGACGGGCGCCGCCGACACGGCCCACCUGCUCAUGCUCCUCGCGCAGGCGCAGCAGCAGCAGCUGCUGGUGCAGCACGGUCCCGCGGGGCUGGUGGCGCGCGGCCCGCACGGGCACUGGCACGGGCGCGUGUUCGAGUGCAAGACGUGCAGCCGGCAGUUCCCGACGUUCCAGGCGCUCGGGGGCCACCGUGCCAGCCACAAGCGGCCGAGGCAGCUCCAGCAGCAGAAUCCAGCCGACCACGCGGGGCUCUGCCUCGGGCGCCAGCCGCCGCCACAGCCAGCCAAGCCGAGGGUGCACGAGUGCCCCGUCUGCGGGCUCGAGUUCGCCAUCGGACAGGCGCUCGGCGGGCACAUGCGGAGGCACCGCGCCGAGGCUGAAACCGAAGGGGCGAUCAAUAAGCCGGCGGCGUCAGAGAAGGCCUGCGACGUCGUCGGUGGGAUCUGCCUGGACCUGAACCUCACGCCGUCGGAGAACUGCGCCAAGUGCCGAAACGUGGUCGGGCUCGGCGCCGCCGGGCAGGGUGUACAUAAGGCGCUCGCCAUGUUAGAUUGCUCGCUCUAGUUGACCCUUGAUCCGCUGCAGAUAAUUUUCUUGCACGGUUGUUGUUUGUUAUUUUUGGACUUCUGUAGAUUUUAGGUUUCUAUCAAGGUGUUGUUAGGUGUAUUCAUAUACCAGUGUACAUGUGAAUGAAAAGAGAUGAACUCCUGUAUUUCCUUGGUGUAAAUAGUAAUAAAUUACGCGAUGCAUUUUCUUUUGACUAAGCAAA